AGAGCACCCGCGGCUGCCAUGGCCGCCUCCCCCUCCCCGCCACCUCCCUUAAAUACUAUGGGGCGGCCGUAGCUGCGGCGGGAGCCGCUGCCGAGCGCACCAUGCGGGCUGUCAUCGCCUUCGCCACGGCGCUGGGCAGCACGCUGCUCGGCGGCUGCCUCCUGCGGCUGGGCGGCGAGCGGCCCCUCCGAGCCAGGGGCUGGGAGGAGGAGGCAGAGGCAGCGACCGUCACUCCGAAGGUGGUGCGAGCCCUCAGGUUUCCUCUAACGUCCCUUCCUCGGGCCGAGAACAGAACAACUGCUAAUAAAGAUGGAAUUUACCAGUUUGAGCUGGAUGCAAAAUGUAAGGCAAUUCAGGACAACAUUUUGUCAUCAUCGAUCAAGAAGAAAAGGUAUCCGGAAGAUUAUUAUCUUCACAUAGUCAAAAAACUGCAGAACUGCACCUGGAUGAGGAGACCGGAAGAAUCAGCAGAAUUCAGGUCAGAGUUAGCUUCCUGCUGUAAUGCAGUUCACAAUUUUAUUGCUUCUCAAAACAACACCCCACUGGGAAGUAACAUGAGUUAUGAAGUGGACAGUAAAAAGACCAUCCUCAUUACAGAAGACAUUUUUAGAAUGCUGCCUGUGUCCUCUCCUCUUUCAGUUUAUCCCUUCAAGAACUGUGCUGUGGUUGGAAAUGGAGGCAUUCUGAAAAAUUCCAGCUGUGGAGCUGAAAUAGAUCGUUCUGAUUUUGUGUUUAGGUGUAACCUCCCUCCAACAAUGGGAAGCAUUAGCAAAGAUGUUGGCAAUAAAACAAAUCUUGUGACGGUUAAUCCAAGUAUCAUAGCUCAGAAAUAUAACAAACUAAAUGAAAAGAAGACAGAAUUUGUGGAGAAUGUUGCGGUCUAUGGAGAUGCUUUCCUUUUAUUGCCAGCGUUUUCCUUCAGAAGCAACACAGCUACGUCUUUUAAAGUCUAUCAUACUCUGCGAGAGUUCAAAGCAACCCAAAGGGCAAUAUUUUUUCACCCCACUUAUCUGAAAAGUCUUGCCCAGUUCUGGAGAACUAAGGGUGUGAAAGCCUACCGGUUGUCAUCUGGUUUUAUGAUCACUAGUGCUGCUGUUGAGUUGUGUGAGAAUGUGAAGCUUUACGGCUUCUGGCCUUUCUCAAAAUCCACAGAGAAGAUGCCAAUCAGCCACCACUAUUACGACAACCAGCUGCCCAAACCAGGUUUCCAUGCAAUGCCCAAAGAAUACAACCAGAUCCUUCAGCUUCAUGGCAAAGGCAUUUUGAAGCUGCAGUUUGGUAAAUGUGAAUCAGACUAAAAAGGUAGGUCACAUUCCUAUGACAUAAAAUGUCUUUAUUGAAGUCAUGUGUCAAAGCAAAACUGGUUUUGCAAACGGUUUUGUACUCCUCCUUAAGGAGACGUUUCUACCUUGCACUCAAUAAAUGUUGUGUUUGUAAAAAAGAGAAAUAUUGGAUAAUAUAUAUAAUGUACUGCAGUGCAGAGAAAUGCUUUCUACAUGUGAACUUAAGAUGGGAAGAUAGCUAAACACACAUUAUCACUGCAAUUUGCAGUCAGUCAGUGGUGUCUUCUCAUUUCAGGUAAACAUUUCCACCAACCUGUGUUUGGUUUGAACCAACUUCCUUUGUGAAUCACUUUAUUUAAGGCAGUCAUGCACUGUAAUCUACAAGCGAUGACAGCUAAUCCUGACAUAGUAUUUCCAGGUGUAUACAGUGGCUAAAGUAAGGAUUAAGUUGGCCCCGUGUAGAACUAGUGUGUAUGCAUUCUUAUUCCCUCUCACUAGGGAAAAAUAUGUUUAGAGCAGUAUGCUCUGUCAGCCCUGGGCUGGAGAGCAGCUUGUGGAUGGCAGUGAAGAAGCUGCCAUACACUACAGCAGAUCUUGCUGAGCAUUUUACCUUGAGGCAGCCCAGAAUCUGGAAGUUACAAAUACAGGAUGAAGUGUCAUACCCUCUAUGUUCUUUCAAACUGUUCCAUCCCCCUUGGUCCUCUGCCUUCUGUGCGCUGCCUUAAAGAAAUGCAGCAAACAGUCUGGCCCCUGACCUUGAACCAUUUUACCACAUACAGAUUACAGAUGACUAAAAAUACUUGUCUGUAUAUUUUCAAUCUUGAUUUUUCCCUAUUUGUAUAGAUACUUAGAACAAAACCAUAAAAUGUCUCAAGGGAAGGGACCCACAGGGAUCACUGAAUCCAAUUCCUGGCUCCACACAGGACCACCAAAAAUGCAAACCCAGUGUCUAAGAGCAUUGUCCAAAAGCUUUUUGAACUCCAGCAGGCCUGGGGCCACGACCACUGCCCUGGGUGGCUUGUUUCUGUGCCUGUACUUCCUCAUGUACUUCCUCAUUUUCUAAGCUAAUUCAGAAAUUCCCCAGCUCAAAAUAUGUCAUCAGAUUUGCCUUUCAGCUCUGUUUUCCCAGAGGGUUCAAGUUAAUAUAAUAGUAAGUGAACUGUAAAGUAGAAUCACCACAUGCAGUGGACUUUAAUUGGACUGAUGUAAUCUUAUUACUGUAUUUUUAUUUAAAUAAAUUAAGAUAACAUCAGCUUGCUCAAGCCAGAAAGUUUGAAAGCUAAAGGCUUUUUUUAUGGCUCAGUUAUGAAAUAUAUUUGAAAGUACCUUUUGAUGCUGUUUAGAAGACACGCUGUCAAAGAUACAUUCACAGUUGGUUUGUGGUCAGGGACUGCUAAGUUUUAAACUUGCUGAUUGCUAAUACCAAAAAGGCACAACCUUUUAUGGUGUAAGUUUCUUUGAAGAAAUAGAAAAAUAAACUGCUUUCAUGUAUUGUUAGCAUAAAAUAAAAUAGUUUCUAAGUCCCUUCUAGCUUAUCUGGUGAAUCCGUUCUUGUCUAUAGUCCAUAGUAGGAGAUUAUUUCAAAGGAGGUGUGUGUGUAUGCGAUUUCACAUGGCUAAGGUAAGGUUUUUUGCUUGUAAAAGGUUGCAACAUAUUGGAAAGGUUAUGAAAUACAUAAUGUAUUUUUUCUUAGUGGCCAAGCUGUUUAUAUCCUGCAGUUUCCAUUGUAUUUAUUCUUUCUGCAAUAUAAAUCACUGGAGACAUUCCAUGCAAUUUUAAUUGUAGUAACUACACUAAACAGGAAAAUGAAAGGCAGCUCCUUAUGAAUUUUUCAUCCAGAGAAGCAGAUAGAAGCCACAAAAAUGUUUAAGCAUCUGUAUGGGUUAAUUAAAUGCUGUCCAUGCUUUGCAGACUGAAAAUUACUUUUGUGGUCAAAUUUACAAAAUGAGCUGUGAAGGAAAAAGCAACCAGAAGGAUAAGUUGUGCUGCCUCAGAUUUUUCUCCACUCUGUUAAUCACUUCUAUUUACAGAGAGAAAAGUUAGUCUUUUAAUAAAAAGAAAUUAAAUGCGUUCAGCGUGAGAUAUCAUUUUGCUACUAUUAUCAAAUAUAAGAGAUAAUUGAAAUCCUAUAAUGAGUAUAUUUUGCAGAAGAUGACUUUUUCAAAAAAUUGAACAAUCUCAUUUCUCUUUUCAAUUUCUCUUUAAUGUUAUUCUUGUUCCCACUCUUCCCUGUUAGUGGGAUAGCUGAAGCUUCUUUAUAUCACUGGGCAUUCACAAAAGUCUCGGGCAGAAUUUCCCUCACAUGUUACUGGAACACAAGUCUGCUGCUAUAAAUAAGAAGUGAAUGAAUAAGAAGUGCUGUACUGCAAGCACCUGUGUUGCACGCAGGUAGCAGAUGCUGGAGCACCACAGGGAGAGCAUACCUGCAUUUCAAUGACUAUUUUCUGCAGUAUUGCUUGCCAUUCUUGUCAUUGCAGAGGUGUUCUUUGCUUGUUGGAUAGAAGGGACUGUCAGGUGUGAGAGUCCUUUAGAACUGGUUUGGAACAAUGUGGGAAACUCCAUCAACCUUGAUAUGCACUCCUGCACUGUUAAGAUUGUGCUUAGCAGAAAUGCGUGUCUUUGCUAAAGUAGAUGCAUACCUAUCACAGAUCGUAAGAUGGGAAAUGGGACAUCAGCAAAAUCUCAAAAUGUAAUUAAAAUAAUGAUCUUUAUUAUUUUGUAUUAAAUUACAGAAUCAUUUUGCUAUGGCCCUGCAGCUGAAGGAAGAAGUCUUGUUUGUUCAUUGCUUUAACCUCAUAAGCCUGAAAGGCAUGUCAUUAGCUUCAAGUAAACAUGGGCUCAGGGAGGGGAAAUGGCCUGAAUCCUGUUUAAAAAUAGAGAGAAAAAUCUGAUUAGAAAAAAUGUCAGAUGAUAAAUUAAUCAGACUGGCAAAAAAUUGAUGGCUCAGAAGCCUGGUUAAAAUGCAAACGAUAUCUGACUGAGAAAGCAUCGGGUUUUCUGCUUGCUGGAAAGAGACAGUGGGGAAGAUGAGUAUGUGUUGCUUUGACACACAGCACAGCAGCAUUAAGCAGCUGCUCAGAGGAGUCAGUCAGCAGAAAAAAACAUGGUGAAUAAGAAUGGAACUGAUACUCCCUGAGCCCGGGGCAGGGAAUAGUGCUCAAUCGUCUGAGCAGAAAGUGCUAUAGGAGGAGAGGCUGAGCAGGGACAUGCUGGUGGCUGGAGGGUAAGGGCUGCUGAACUUUCAACUGAGUGUGAGUGUGUGUUACCUGAAAAGCAACAACUGGGUCUGGGCUUUUAAUAGCAAGCAGAUGAAGAAAAGCCAUCUAUUUGUGACAGAGAGAGAAACCAAGCAGACUUCCAGCUGGGGUGGAGCUUGCUGGGCAACAUCAUGCAAAGCAGGUGACUGCCGGCCUCCUUACUCACGAUCCUCUCCUCAUCAAACUUAGCUGGGCUGUGCCACCCUGCCAGCAUGUAGUAUUUUCUUAAUGUUAAAAGUUCCUGGAGAUGCAAAUCAGUUAUAAAUACUGUUAUAAAGAAUCUAUUUAUAAUUGUUAUAAAUAGCCUAUUUAUAACUGUAGGAUACCAAUAUGAGGUUAAAUUCUACUGGAAUUCUUUCAUCCUUGCGGUGUCGCAGUGGGAGACACAUGAGCUACAUAGCAAUUUACUUUUAAUGAGAAAAAUAUCACGUUUUGAAAAUAAAGACACAUCUGAAUCCCUGCCAGGCAGCUAAAUUUCAGCCUCCCUAAAUAUUAUCCAGCAUCAAAUUGUUAGAUGUGUGCAGCAUUAGAAGAAAGGUCUUCUGCGUUAGUACCUGUGCCAUGUCACUUUAAACUACGCACUUUGCUUCUGCGUUCAGCCACUGAGCUAAGUACAUUAAGAAUAAUGUCAGUAACGAAACAAGUGGAGAUAAGUUGCUUCUGUUUAUUUAAAUCCCACCAGAUUAGAAGAAAAAAUAGAUUAAAUCAGAUUAGAAUUUGCAUUAGAUGUUAAAUCAAAUGGAAAAAAAAUCUGUACAGAUUUAGGAAGGUUUUAUUUUGUUUUAUAGCAGCAGAACUAGGCUGUUGAACAAACAGAAUAAAUUCAUUCUCUAGCUGUUUCAAAAUAUGAUUAAGAUAAUAUAAUUUAAAAGUUACCCAUGUUCAGAUGAGGAGUGGAUGUGGUUGCGCCCAGCCCUGUUCAGUUUAGAAGGCUGCAGAGGGUGAUGCGGGUGGGAUGCUGAAAAGAAGCACUCCUGCUUUAGGAAAAGAAGAUGCUUGAGCUAGAUUGGGCAUUGGCAGCCCAUCUUAGCCAGGAGACUUUUGUGAGCCUGUGUAAUAAAUGUCAGCAACCUCCAGUCUGUAAUAAAGCUGAAAAGCACAUGCGGAAGGUGAAAUACAUGUAAGCUAUUGGUUGGUUUGAAUAUAAAAAGCGAUUUUCCUACUGUACUAACAAUAUCAGUAACAUGUUUUAUUGUUUUAAUUCUAGGGUGAUGAUCCAAAGGAGACAAUUUGUGUAUAUCUUAGCACCUCGAUGUUGGAUUUGAUCUGAUAUGAUUUUGUGAGCAUUAAACUGCAUUAUUACAAUAGAUAAAUAUUUGAAAUUUAGGGAGAAAAGGAAGGGAUUUUUCACGCAUUUACUGCUACAUUUCCAAUUCUUAAGUAUUCUUUUUUUUUAAUACAAAAUAACAUUUAUGUGUAAAUUCUGAAACUUCUGACUGUGGUUUUAAUUGUAGCAAAGCACAAUCUCAGGAUGGUGGCAAUAUAUGACAUUCAUAAUGUUUUUCUUCUUAAAGUAUCAUUAAAUUAUUUUGAUGUAAGGUCUCUGGUUUAAUCCAUAUCAUGGAACAUGGGCAAUAGUCACUGUAUGGUAGCUGCCCAAGUUGGUAAUGAAUACUUUCAAUUAAGAACUCAGUCCUGUAAACACUAGUGUUUGUCUAUAUGAGAAAGGUGAUGAGAAGAACUACAGUGGAGUUAUUAAUUCAGAGCUAAGUCAUUCUUAGUUUGUCCCAGGGUGCACAAAUGAAAAAAAAUCCCUCAGGUUAGAGAUAGUCAAGUAGUUCACGUGCUUUAAUUUUGUGGCCAGUGAGUGAUGCUGUGGAUGUAAUGGGAUCAGUCCUGUGAAUUAUGUUAAUUUUGUGAAGAAGUGUUUGAUGAACCAGAGCUGUAUAAUUAUUGUAAAAAACCCUCUUCUUGCUUGUAUUCCUGUCUAAGGUCCAGUUCAGCUCCAAAUGAGGACAAUCAACUAGGUUUCAUCCUGCAUUCCCUGGAGUCCUGGUAGGGCAUGACUUUGCACACUUUCCUGCAAUCCCAGAUCCAUAUCUGUGCUGACAUACGUGAGGGUCUAUUCACUAGAAAAAAUACUCUAUACCAGCCCUAGCAUUUUUUCUGUUUCAUUUUCACCUAGCAUAACACCUUUCCCAAUGUGACUACUGAUAAAGAAACUGCACUGGGCAUUGUUAGAAGAACAUUUCUUUUAGAGCCAACCCCAAACUCUUCUCCUGUACUGGGGCAUGUGAGAAACAACUACAGUCACUUAAUUAAAACCCCAUGCAGUUCUUGUGCUUAAAGUUUCCAUAUGGUCCAGUGGAGCAACAUUCUGCAAUAAGCACAAGUGAAAUAAAGAUUCACAUAAACAUUAAUGGGAGCUACAGGCACUCGUUCCUCUAACUGUGGCUGCUAGUAUAUUACUGCUUAUACAUUUUUACUGCAGAAAAAAAGAAUUGUAGUAACCAGUUUCUCUUGCAAGAGGCUUUUUUUGAGUUACUGAAUGAUCAAUUCAAUGAUAGAAUGUCCUUCCUAUCCUUUUAGUCAGAUACUAUCAGGUUUUUCCUUACUAAAACUCAUCUUACUACAGUAGCACUAAAUCCCCAAUCAACUGAUAGUUUACAGAGCAUUCAGUAUUCCACUCAUUGAGGAUUAUUUGUGCAAAAAUAAAAAACACCCAAAAAAUCUACUAUAAAUCUAUUGAACCUUAUAAAGUAUACUUUUAGACUGAUAUCUUAUAAGAGCAUUUCUAUAUUGCUGUGAUAUUUGAAAGCUUAACUUGCAACAGUUUUAUAACCACAUAAAUAAUCCUAGAAAUAUUUGAAUCAUUGCAGUUCUGUGUUCAGCAUUUUGAUCCAUUUCCAAGAUGAUAUCAGAAUCUCACUACUCCUACUCCAGAGUGGCCCUAAACUCAGCUACAUACAUCAGCACCAAGUUCAUUUUUUUUGGAAAACAAGGUUUUAAAAAAAUAGAUAGUGCUUUGGGGUGUUAAAUGACACCACUGGUACACAAGUAUAGGAUUGAAUAUCAGUAGGGCUUUUAAGAGAAGCAAAGAUGUCAUAAUUGAGCUGAUGGGCACAGCUGCCUUACCAGCUGGUGGCUGGAAGAGGCAAGCACAAGUGCUUUAUUCACUGGUUCCAACACCACACAUCCAUGUUUUUGUCCUCACUAGCAGUGGAAUUUGUGCCAGUUUCUGGCCACAGGCAUCUGCCACUCAUACAAAACUAGCUGUUGUAAGACCUUGCAUCCACAUUACAAGUGUGGUGGAUGAUUGCCUGCUGCAAGAUCCCAAUUACAAAUAGAAGACAAAUUUACUGCAAGAAGAGCUCUUCUAUGCCAUAAAUCACUCAUGUAGACUGUACCUGAGUGUAACAAAGCUGUGAAAAGUGGUGUACUCAUACUUUGUCAUAAAAACAACUGAUUGAGAACCACCUCAUAUUUCAUCCAGGAGACAAAAUACCUGUACUCAAGCAAAGACUUAUUCCUGCCUAGUGUCAUGCAAUGGGGUGAUCUCAGCCAUGUAGCAAUUCCCCCUUCUUGUUGUGUUGUGUUCUUUACAGCCUAUGGAUCAUUAUUUCAGAGGACUCCACAGAUCUUUUUCUUUCCUUUCCAAAACUGUUUCUUGUCUUCUGUGCUGGCUAGCUCCAUCAUCUUGAGCUCAGCCCAGGGAGAUACAAGUGCCACAUGUGCAGUAGAGCAUUAAAGAGAGUUUCAGAGUCAAAACUACUGUUCUGUUUGGAGACAAGGAGUGUUUGCUAACUCAGCUGUACAGCUGUCCUCUGUGCUUCAGAAUAUUUCUUGCCACGUAAAUCAGAGUAGACUUUAUGUCCAGGCAAGAGCUCCAUUUUCUGAAAUGCUGUAAUUUUCAAGCUGUAAUAAGUACCUGCUGGAGCUUUAGUUUAGUUUAGUAACGUGGAUAUUGUGGUUGCAAUUAGGCAGCUGCAGUAGAUCCCUGACCAAUCUUUAUAGCUCUGGUUUUAAUGGAUUGGUAACAAAUGAGAGCAAACAAAGUUCUGUGAGAUGGACAGACACCUUGACUUUUUCAUGCUUUCAACAAAGCUGAAACUUGCCAGUGACCUGAAGGCGUGCUCCUUUAUGCUCUCUGAGCUGCCAGUGAUUUAUGUGGAGUGUAGAAUGUGUUUUUAAUAUAGCUUUCUCAGGCCUUGCUCCAGACAUGAAGCUAUUAUGUGAUGUUCAUCUCAUCCACUUCCCAUCAGAGGAGUGCAGAUCUUGCACUUGGUUUUAUUACAGCCCUUGCUGCUGUGUGCUUGAUGGCUACUUCUUGUUAAUUUGUGCACAGGCCAGGCAAGCUAACAGCAGCAUCUCUGUGUGACAGGGUCCAGUCAGAUUAAUGAAGACUUGCUGAAUCCAAGGCACUGCAGUCAAAGAUGUUUUCUCUGACAGCUGAACAAAUUAUUUCUCAUUUAUUUUACAUCUGUGCCAGGUUAAUGAUGAAUAAAUAGGGUUUGUGCCUGGCUGGGAGUGUUUAUGACAUUUUUGCAAGAAUGAGCCAGGAGCAGUUUUGAUUAAGGACUCUUGACCAAAGGUUAGGAAAGGCUUUUCAGCUUCUCUCCUCCAUUUGAGGAAUAAUCAUUUCUCAGGUUUGUGGGCCUCCAGUGCUGUCACACGCUGUGGAGUGAAUACAGAGAUUAACUAGUUUUCUAAAGAUAGAAGCACGGACAAUGUGCUAAUAUUUCCACUGUACCUUCACAGAGGCUGACAGUGUCCUUGCACAUGACUAGUUCACAGCAUCUUUAGAUUACAGCCUGCUUGUCUGCUUUUACUACUUUUUCUCCUUCAAAUCAGUAGUGUUGUGUUUUCCUCUACGAUCUUGUGCUGCUAAGAGUUGGUUACUUCGUCUCCCUCAGGGGAAUAUUAUGUAGUUCUGUGUGGUGUUUGCAGUGAGUCCAUAUGGCCAGGAAUCAAAAGCUACUAUGAACACAGCAUAGCGAAAUGCACUUAAGAUUGCUUGGCUUUCAGUCUCUGAGAAGGCAGCGUGGUGGGCUAUUCACCUUGCCUGACCUGAGCUACUAAAAUCUGGGCUGUAGCUCCAUGGCAACUCAAGCAGUGAUGGCUGGCUGUGCGGCCCAGUCCCCUUUUUGCACUUCAUCCCUUCCUCCAUGUGAUCUCUGGCACUGUGUUGUUUUGGCACUUCAAACUGGCAAAACCUAACCUGGCAACAAAGACAACUGGCUCAUGCCAACAGAGCCAUGGGAAUCUCAGAGUCAAAGCAAAGGAGGGGAACACAGCAGGGCCCCUUUGGUGCCAGACGGCUCUUGAGUAGGCCCAGCAGUCCCCUGAAGCCUCAGCUAAGCUGGGAGCUGGCACUGCUGGAGAUGUGCAGGUCAGCAGUGCAGAGUGGUCACCCACUGUUAGUCUGUUCAGUAACAAAGAACUUUGGCUGGUAAUACUGUUUCUCAGUUCAUGGGCUGUAAGAUUGCACAGUCUUGCACGCAAUUUGGCACACCUGUCUUUGCUCAUCCCAAGCAACAUCUGCAGAGAUGAGGACUGAGCAGGUCUGGCAGUUUUGAGAGCAGUUAAUCUCACUUUGAUUCCCCAUGCUUUGGAUGAUAGUGAAACAUUUGACAGAUUGUCCCUCUUGACAAAGUUCUCUAUCUUGUGUGAUUCAGGAAGAGAAGCUUAAUAAUCCAGGUGGCCCAGCAUCUUCUGUAGCGUCCCCAAACUAUCAGAUUUAAAAAAAAAAAAAAAAAAUCCUGUUGCUAUGUAGUAUUUGAUUUUAUACAGUGCAAAUGUUUGAAUCUGUUAAUUUGUCUGAGUUAAUUAAGCACAUAGAACUUGAUGCAGCGUGGAUUCAGUAGUGGAACAGCAGCCAGAAAUGGCCACGUUCAUAGAAUGUUUAAUUUGGAGAUCUUUCUCUGUUAUGUGACAAAUCUGUGGAGCAACAUCCUGAAGAUGAACACAGCUGUGCCUCCAGGGCUCUCAGGUCUGUAAAGCCCAUGUCCAUUUGUGUACACAGAUAUGUGCAAUAUCAAGCCCAAGGACUAUCCUGUUAAGUACUUUAUUCUGAAACAGCUUUAUUUGAAACAGCUGAUCAGUCACUUGUGUGCUGUAAUCCUUGGAAGCAGUAAACUUCUUACACGUGCACUUGCUGCUUUAAUGUGUCUUAGCUGCAAAUAUUCACAGCCAGGUAAUCCUUUAUCUCAGGAUGCUUCAGCAGCUGGUCUUGUUCUCUCCAAGAAUAGCAACAAAGACCUGUUUUUACACCAUAAAGUAAAAGAUUUCAGAUUGUAUCAUUUUAGGGAGGAAAGUCAUUCUUCGAAUUUCAGAGUUUCAAAGUUUUAAAGGCUGCUGAUCUCUUGGGAUACUCUGGAGAAAUCAUUUGAGGCUUUCAGCUAUAGGGCACGGUGAGUGGGAAAUUUAUACUUAUUAAGCUUUGUUCCAGAUUUUCAUCAGGCUCAUGUUAAGUGUUUCUUAAUUGGCUCUAAAUUAUAGUAAUGGCCAAGCAGAGCAUGAAAAGAUCUGUAGCGUACCACUAAACAAAGGCACUAUUCCUGUUAUUUAGUAGUCUCUUUCAUCAAAUCACAUUGCAGAACACCUUCCUAUUCCUGAGCCUUGGCUCACAAAGGAAUUACCCCUUGUCACUGGGUGGCCGUUCACCAGUCCAGCUGGGAAGUGGUCUCUGCACAUUCUUCAUGUCAAGCAAAUGUAAGCAGUAUGACAAGAACUUAAACCAUUCGGAUUACAUCAGUCUGAAUUUGCUAUAGACCAAAAACCCAUGCAUUAAUUAUAUUUAUUACUGUGAUGUAUGACAGUUUACUGAGCUAACAUCCCUGUGUGUGUGUGUGAGUAGUAACUGCCCUUCAGUGGCCAGUGUUGGCACAUACUGAUUUAAGGAUGAAAACACUCUGACAGUGCUUCUCUAUUGCAGAUACCAGAACUGCUAGAGCUUCUUUUAUUCCUCGUUGAAUACAGGAAGAAAUGACAUUUUUGCAUUGCCAUCAAAUAAUCAAUAAUUUAGCCUUUUGCUAAAUUCUGAGGUAGAUUUAGCAGUAUAAUAUGCCACGUAAGUUGCUGCACCUGAUACCGUUUUGUCUUGUGGUUUCUUUUUCUUCCAACUUUUUCUUGCUGCUUUCCAUGGAGGGAGACAACUCAAAAAACUGAGUGAUGGAAGUAUUUUAAUGAUUGCACUGUUAAAUCAUGGUACCGUGGCAAGAGACCAUCAGAAUGAAUAAUGCUAAUGGCUGGACAGGAUAUUCUAGUCUAAGACAAGAUUAUGGAUUUUAGUUCCUUCAGCGUUCAGUCCCUGACAAGGGAAGGUUUUGUCACAGCAAGUCAGCAUCCUGCUAGGUUUUUCAGCUCUUGGCUCAGCUGUGAGCUGUUUCCCUAACAAAACCUUUCUACUUUGUAUUGUAGUUUUUGGCAGUGUUUAUGGUACAGAAUCAUUCCUAAAUUCUUGUGAAAUUGAAAUGCAGUAGCUGAAUUUUCUGUGUGUUUUGUAUGCACAUUUUAUAUAGUAGCUGCAGAUGUAUUCUUUAUGUUAAUAUUUUUAAUGUUCUUUUCUUCAAGCAUUAAAUUAAAUUUAUUUUAAAAUAUUCACUGUAUUUUAUUCCAUCAGAGUAAGCUGCAGGGAAAGUUAUAUAACCACACACACAGAGACACAGAAUGGCUGAGGGUGGAAGGGACCUUGGAGAUCAUCUGGUCCAAGCCCGCUUCUCAAGCAGGGACAUCUGGAACACAUUGCACAUGAUCACAUCCAGGUGGGUUUUGAAUAUCUCCAGAGAAGGAGACUACUCAACCUCCCUGGCAGUGUUUUCCAGUGCUCUGUACCCUCACAGUACGGGAUUUUUCCUCAUAUUCAUGUGGAACUUGCUGUAUUUCAGUUUGUGCCUGUAGCCUCUUGCCCUGUCACUGGGCACCAUUGAAGAGUCUGGUCCCAUCCUCUUGACACCCUCCCUUAAGAUAUUUAUAAGUUUAGAUAAGGCCCAGCUCUCGCAGCUUUUCCUCCUGAGAGGUGCUCGUGCUCCAGUCUCCUACUCAUCCUUGUAGCUCUCUGCUGGACUCUCUCCUGUAGCUCCAGUACUGGAGGCCCAGCACUGGACACAGCACUCCAGGUGUCCCUCCUCCGGCGCUGAGCAGAGAGGGAAGAUCACCUCCCUCAACUUCUUGGCUUUUCCUAAUGCACCCCUAAAAUAACAAUAAUGCAACUGAAGUCAUUUGUAAGGGUAUGUGACUGAUUUCUAGGAGGGUAUUUCCAUUAGUCUUUUGUUUUCUACAGGUUUUCGUAGAUUUACCUUUCUAAAGCAGGGCUAACACACUACCUUUGCUGGUUUAGCUCAAGAAAUACAAGCAAGGAGACUGGUAAAUGGUGAGGUUUUACAUGGAACUACUGCUAAGGGAUGCAAAGUGCAUGUUUUCUUCUUUUUCAGGGGUGUAUCAAAAUGUAAUUUUCACAGUAGCUGCUUUUUCUUUUCUUUUCUUUUUUUCCUUCCCAGAGGUUUCACUGUCUCUCAGAGUUGCACUGUUUGCAUUCAUUUCUGUUCCGAUCUCUUAAAUGCCAUUGUCCAAGCAGAGCUUAUCCAGCUUGGAGCUGGUAUCGUUGUGUUCCUCAAGCACCAAACUGUGUGGAGCUGCUAGCACAGGCUCUGCAGCUGCUGUUUCCAAAAAGCUGCUGUCUCUAAAAUUCUCAGUGCUGAAUUUAUUAAUGUUUUUAGAUGUGAACUUGAUAUUGUCUGUUUGCACAUGAGUAGUGUGCAUGCAGCCUAAUGUAGAAGUGUCUCUAAGCAGGAUUUAGGAGGAGGCAUAGAAAGCCCCUCAAACGUGUGUGUGCUUUUAUUACAGAAAACCAAGAUAAAGUUGUAUCGUUGAGAUAUCUGUUAGCUGUUUUUUGUUAUGCUUUGUUUUCAUGUUUUAAGUGCCUAAUGAUUUUUUUUUGUCAAGGAGGCAAUGGUUUCACUGGUAUAAUGCACACUUGGAAUUCUGCACUUGUUACUUGCUCUGUAAUAGAAUAUUUUUGCAGUUUCUGUUUGGAAAUAAAGACUUAUUAGACAUAA